CAGUUUAUAGAAGUAGUACUAUAUAUAUACAUCUGAGUGUGCGUAUAUAGCAGCAUUUGUUUGAUCACUUGUGUGUAAUUAUCAGAGAAGCCAUAUCCCUGGCUACCUAUCUUUCUUUAACAACACCUAAAAGUUCAUUUUCUUGCCCAUUCCAAUAUUCCAUAGAUUAAUUAAUUAAGGUGUUAUUUUGGUUCCUAGCUACAUAAUGGAGAAUAACCAGCCCAUGCUCCUUCUUGGUUCAGCAAGUAGUUAUUACAACUCUAUGAAUGGAGGAUUAAAGACAUCGUUCACCCAGAUUAGUCGUGAUCAGAUGGAAGUGGAUACAUCAGAAAAUCAUAAUAAAUAUAUAUCAUCAUUAUCGGUUAAGAAGAAGGGAGAUAAUAAGAAAAUUAAGAAGCCCAGAUUUGCUUUCCAAACAAGAAGUCAGGUUGAUAUACUUGAUGAUGGCUAUCGUUGGAGAAAAUAUGGACAAAAAGCUGUCAAGAACAACAAUUACCCAAGAAGCUACUACAGAUGUACACAUGAAGGAUGCAAUGUGAAGAAGCAAGUACAACGCCUUUCCAAAGAUGAAGGAGUUGUAGUGACCACUUAUGAAGGCAUGCACACCCAUCCUAUUGACAAGCCCAAUGAUAAUUUUGAACAAAUCCUCCAUCAGAUGCAGAUUUUCCCUAAUCAUCCCCUUAAUUAAUUUCUAUAUCUUCCAAACAUAUUAUAGGGAGUACUAUGUAAAAGCUAGAUUAGUGCUGUGCUGCUUCAAGAUUAGAGUCAUAAAACAAAUGUAUAUUUACUACAACUAGCUAGCUAAGAUCAGCAAGUACAUCGUACAGUAAUUGAGCAUUGUGUAACCAUAUCAGUAAAUGCUUAAUUUAGACUGCUCAAAUUAAUAUUAUUUUUUUGUUUCUUUGGAA